GUUAAUUCCAGUUAAUUAUUAAAGAACAGAAGGUCAGCUGAUGAAGUAGAAAUAUGGAAGAAAAUAAAACUAUUCAAGAAAUAUUAAACUGCAUGCAAAACAUUCAUUUUCCUUGUGGACUUGUGUAUAAGAAUUUCAAUAAAUUAAAAGCGUUGCUUUGUGCCGAAAAUAAUGAAUUAGAUCGAAUAUACUAUUUGGUAGAAUCGCUAACACCUGCCCUAAGGUUAAAAUCAGCACUUCGAUAUGAAAGAGUAACAGAGAAUGAAAAUUAUGAAAUAAGUUCAUUGCCAUUGAAUAAAGCCAAUAUUAAUUUUAAAUGUAAUACAACAAAUGUAAUGGAUAAUGUUCAAAAUCUCUUAAAAAGAAUAGAAAAUCUUCCAAGUGAAUGGACACUAGUUCAAAUUUCUUCACAAUUAAAUAUCAAGGAAAGAUUAGAAACUGGUCUUGAUAUGACCUAUACAAAUCCACUAGAUAUAAUAGUCUUUAAUUGUGGUCAAACUAAAAUUAAACCAUUUUGUGUUACUGCCGCUGUUCCAAAGGAUGAAGUAGAAAAUAAACCUAUUGAAAUAUGCAGCGAAAUGUGUUCAAUAGUAAAAGACAUUAAAAACGUCACAGAAAAAUUUUUAUUGAGCUAUAAAGCUGGCCGGUUUAAAAAUGCAACUGCAACAAAAACGUAUAACGAAAUGCGUUCAGAAUUAGACAGUAGAAUGAAGGAAGUUAUUAAGGUGGUACAGGAUCGCUGGUUAGGCUUCUGGAGGUGUCUCCUAAUUGGGAAUUAUGUUUCUUCAGAAAAGGAAGAAGAAAUUACUAAAAUUGUAGAUGACUUCUUGAGCGAAAUUAAAAUUUCUGUUGCAGAUAAAGUCAGAAAUAUUUUAAGGUAUGUCAUCAAAGGCACUUCACAUUUAUCAGUUAAAGAACUUAGAGAUGCUAUGAAGUAUCUGUUUCCUGGCAAAGAAAAACUUUUUUAUACUAAACUGGUAAAGAAAAUUAAAGAUUUCACCGAAUCACACUAUGUUGGUGCAUUUAACUCCCAAAAAAGACAUCCAGUAAUACUUAUUGUUGAAGAGUCUCUUGAUGUUUUUCCAUGGGAAAUGCUGGACAUAAUCCAGGAACAUUCUGUGUCGCGAAUGCCUUCUUUUCAUUUCACCUAUGGAUUAUUUAAAGAACAUGAAGAUUCGAUUAUCAACGGCUUUAAAAGGAACAUCUCAUGUGAUAAGGGGACUUAUGUGAUUAAUCCCGGUUUAGAUUUAAAGAAGAUGGAAGUUCGUUUGACGAAUUACUUUAAGUAUUGGACGCCGCAAUGGAAAACUGGCAUAGUUGGGCGAGCACCUUCAGCAACUGAAUUUGAAGAACUGUUAACAUCAAACGAUAUUUUUGUGUAUUCUGGUCAUGGAAGUGGGAGUCAAUACCUUCCUGGUGAUAAAAUCCAACGCUUACGAGUAAACGGUGUUGUAUUUUUAUUUGGUUGUAGCAGCGUCAAACUGCAGUCAUUGGGACCCCAAGUGGAAAUGCACAGCUCCUUUCAAAUGUAUUUAAUUGCUUGCAGUCCAUGUGUUGUCGGGGCAUUGUGGGAAGUAACAGAUACAGACACAGAUAUUCUCUGUGCCGAUUUUCUAAGUUUAUGGAUUCCAUCAGAGGCUCCACAUCAUUGGAAACAAAUUGACCAGAGAAGAUGGGAGAGAGGCGAAACAGUUGUACCGAAUGAACAAAAAAACGUGCCAAAGUACUUUACUAAACAUGAACCCGAACUUCUGAAAGCAUUGAGCAUGUCUCGAAAAGCGCCCAAGUAUUUCACUACAAAGGCUUCGUUUGUUGUUAGAGGAUUGCCAGUUAAGAUAGCAACUCAUUCAAAAAAGGAGAAUUGUACUACAUAGGAAUUAGAAUACUUCAGUUUUUCAGCAACUUCUUCGAGGAAAAUGGCUUUACUGACCAGGUAAGACAAAUAACACCGCCGAUUUUUAAAAAACUUGUGUAGUUUCGUACACAUUUAUGUCGAGGCUUUUCAUGGUGGCCUCUAACGGUUGGUGGUAAUACCUAUUUCUGUAAGGUUUAAAACAAUUUGUAAUCUGAUUGGUAGUUUCUUUUGUUCUUAUUUUAUAUCGUAUCAUUAGGUUGUCUGCUUUACAAAACCAUUAAGAAAACUUUGUGAAUUUAUACUCACAGCAGACGUUAAGAAAGAAGCAUAUUACUUUUUUUGUUAAUAGAAUGUCGAACCACCGAACCACCCGCUAUUUUGUUAGAAUUGGAUGUAUUACAAAAUUUCAGUUUAUCUAAUUUUUUUCUGAAAAAAUCAAAUUAGCGCUUAUAGCGCCACUACAUUUGUUGACUCUAUGAUGAGAGUUCAUAGAGAACAAAGAUUCAAGAGAAUAUCGAUUAAAGAUUCUAGAGAAAUGAGGAAGAAUAUUUAUAGUAAGAACAGACGUAAAAUAAUUAAUGUUGACUCGGUUAAUUGCUUUUUCUUCUACACUCUAUAGGUUUUUUCUUCAUGGUUAUCUAUAUAUCCGCAACAUAAAUUGACAAUUAUUUAUGAAUCUAUGAAUUUUAUAGAUCUUGCUGUGUUCCACGAUCUUGUCCAGCUACACUUUUCGCGAGUCUAGCGUUACUUCCUUUCAGACAGGGUAUAGUGGGUUAUUUGGAAUAGGAGCUAUAGGCGACGGCCCAGCUUGCCUUGGCGAAAUCUGUCCGAUCUUCUCUACCAAUUUGUCGUUAGUCCUUGUAAUUGCACUAUUCGC